AUGGUGGAAUAUUUCAAGAGGCUUAUCAAGAACUCCAUAUCUCAGAAGGUUCGUGAAUGGGUAAAGGACUACUGUAAAAGGAACGGUCUGCUCACUUUGUCCGUGUUAGCGGUGGUCUCGGGCUGUGUGGUGGGGUUCACGUUGAGAAGCUUGAACUUGUCAACACAGGCAAAGAUCUACUUUUCUUUUCCUGGAGAACUUUUAAUGAGAAUGUUGAAAAUGUUGAUUCUCCCUCUCAUCACAUCCAGUUUAAUGUCUGGCUUGUCUGCUAUGGACACAAAGGCCAGUGGACGUCUGGGUCUUCUGACCAUCACAUAUUACCUGUGGACGACCUUCGUCGCUGUGAUUGUGGGCAUUGUCCUUGUGCUGAUCAUUCAUCCUGGUGCUGGAAUUGAGAAAGAAGGCCAUAAAGCUGCAGGAGGACCGGUGAUGACAUCAGCCGAUGCCCUUCUUGAUUUGAUCAGGAACAUGAUCCCGUCCAAUCUGAUCGAGGCCACAUUUCAGCAGUAUAAAACGGAGCUCGUGCCUAAUUUUAAAAACAGUGAAAAAUCAUCACAGGCCAACUUUGUGUACAUUAUGCCAGACCAUGAGAACCCAAAGAUGGGUCACCCUGUGUUUCUGGAGCUGACUCCUCCACCUGAGAUCCACUACAGGAUCGUUCCAGGGAGAAGCAAUGGGAUGAACGUACUGGGAAUCGUCAUUUUCUCGGCCACUAUGGGUCUUUUGCUUGGUAGAAUGGGAUCGAGAGGUUUACCGCUUGUGAACGUGUGUCUGUGUGUCAACGAGUGUGUGAUGAAGAUCAUCAAUGCAGCUAUGUGGUACUUUCCGUUUGGAAUUGUGUUUCUGGUUGCUGGGAAGAUUCUGGAUAUGCAUGAUCCGGCCGUGCUCGCUGAGAAGCUGGGCAUGUACUUCAUUACUGUUCUUGCCGGACUGUUCGUCCAUGGUGUGAUAUUACUACCGAUGUUCUUCUUCCUGAUCACCCGGAAAAACCCAUUUAGCUACAUCCGUGGCCUCCUGCAGGCUCUGGUUAUAGCUCUGGCAACUUCAUCCAGUUCAGCUACUCUGCCCAUAACAAUGAAGUGUUUGCUGGAAAACUGCCACGUGGAUCGGAAAAUAGCUCGAUUCGUGCUUCCCGUCGGUGCAACUAUCAAUAUGGAUGGCACUGCGUUGUACGAGGCAGUGGCUGCCAUCUUCAUCGCACAGGUCAAUGAGUACGAGCUCGAUUUUGGACAACUCGUCACUAUCAGCAUCACCGCUACCGCGGCCAGCAUAGGAGCAGCUGGAAUCCCACAGGCUGGUCUUGUUACCAUGGUUAUCGUCUUAACCUCAGUGGGUUUGCCUCCGGAUGACAUCUCACUCAUUGUGGCCAUUGACUGGAUCCUAGACAGAUUUCGGACAAUGAUCAACGUGCUCGGAGACGCUUUAGCGGCGGGGAUCAUGGCCCACGUGUGCAGGAAAGACUUUCAGAAAAACAACCCAUCGUCAAACAACUCGGCAAGGAGGGAUACUGUGAUAUCCUUUGGAAACCAAAGCAUGCAGAGCUUUCCCACAUCUGAGACGCCGCUGCUGGCCAACAGGGACUACAUCUUAGAGGUCAUCGGGGAUCAGGUGAUCGAGAGACCGUCGCCCUCUUUCAACCUCCGCCAAGUCUAA